UAAGAAGGAUAAUGUAAAACUGACUAGGAUCACCAUAGUAUCAGUGCUACAGCAGAGGCAUUGUAUGCAGGAGCCACAUAAAAGUUGUUUUCUGACUGCAGGUAGUUUUCAAAUAUUUGCAAGUGGAGGAAACAUAAUUCCUGUGUUUAUGUGAUAAGCUUAAAGACUGUCAGCUUCCAGAUGCUUGGUGCUGCACUGCUCACAGAAUUUUACUGUAGACCCUUCAUAUCCAGUGCUGGGAGUAGUAUGUCCAAGGGGAAUCCCUGAGUGGUGCGGAGGUGCCACCUACAUCUCUGCAGAGAGCUGUAGUAAUUUAUGACUGGGAACUGGCCCUGCACACUGUGACCUGAUGAUCAGAGACAUGCUGAAGUGACUUACGGGAUGGUGAGUUCCAAUAUGUAUUAUUAUACAAGAGUCAUGUCACAGCUUUUCCUGGAAAUGCCUAUAUCAAAGAUGGAGAAAACUAAUUAUAAAACCCUGUCCACCAUGGAGGACUUCUGGAAGUUCACAGAAGGCCCUUUGUUGGAUGGUCUGUACUGGAAGAUGUGGUACAAUAAUAAAACCAUGGCAGAAAAUAAAAGCUUCAUUUACUAUGAGAAUCUGCUUUUAGGGGUGCCUCGUAUUCGGCAGCUGAAAGUGAGAAAUGGAUCAUGCUCAAUACCUGAUGAUUUAAAGGAUGAAAUUAAAGAAUGUUAUGAUGUCUAUUCUGUUACUAAUGAAGACAAGGCUCCAUUUGGGCUCCAAAAUGGAACUGCUUGGACUUAUACCAGUGAAAAGGAUUUGAAUGGGAGCAGCCACUGGGGUUUGAUUGCUACCUACGGUGGGGCUGGUUAUUACCAGGAUUUGUCAAGAACCAGGGAGGAGACAGCUACACAGAUUGCUACACUUAAGAAGAACCUCUGGCUGGAUAGAGGGACAAGGGCAGCCUUUAUUGAUUUCUCUGUAUACAACGCAAACAUCAAUCUAUUCUGUAUUGUCAAGUUAUUAGUGGAGUUUCCAGCAACUGGAGGCCUUCUUACAUCUUGGCAGUUUCAGCCAGUGAAGCUAAUUCAUUAUAUUUCUACUUUUGAUUUCUUCAUGGCAGCCUGUGAAAUAGCAUUUUGCCUAUUCAUUCUUUAUUACAUGGUGGAAGAGAUCUUGGAAAUUCACAUUCAUAAACUGCAUUACUUCAGGAGUCUCUGGAACUGUCUUGAUAUCAUCAUCAUUGUGCUAUCAGUGGUAGCUAUAGCAAUUAACAUCUAUAGAACCUCAACUGUGGAUAUGCAACUGAAGAAACUGCUAGAAGAUCAGAACAGUUUUCCCAAUUUUGAGCCUUUGGCCUAUUGGCAAAUACAAUUCAGCAACAUUGCAGCUGUUACUAUGUUUUUUGUCUGGAUUAAGCUCUUUAAAUUUGUCAGCAUCAACAGAACAAUGAGUCAGCUAUCCAGCACCAUGUCUCGUUGUGCUAAAGAUGUCAUUGGCUUUGCUAUUAUGUUUUUCAUAAUUUUCUUAGCAUAUGCACAAUUGGCUUAUCUUGUGUUUGGCACUCAAGUUGAUGACUUCAGCACUUUUCAGGACUGUGUCUUGACUCAGUUCCGCAUCAUUUUGGGAGAUUUUAACUUCACAGAGGUUGAAGAAGCUAACCGAGUUUUGGGACCAAUUUAUUUCACUACAUUUGUGUUCUUUAUGUUCUUCAUUCUUUUGAACAUGUUUUUGGCCAUUAUCAAUGAUACAUACUCAGAGGUCAAAUCAGAUAUGGCGCAGCAGAAGUCUGAAAUGGAACUGUCUGAUCUUAUCAAAAGGGGAUACAAUAGAGCUAUGAUCAGGCUUAAAUUGAAAAAAACAACUGUUGAUGACAUUUCAGAGAGCCUGCGACAAGGUGGGGGCAAGUUAAACUUUGAUGAACUACGUCAGGAUCUGAAAGGGAAGGGUCAUACUGAUGCAGAAAUUGAAGCAAUAUUUACUAAGUAUGACCAGGAUGGGGAUCAGGAAUUGACAGAACAUGAACAUCAGCAAAUGAGAGAUGACCUAGAGAAAGAAAGGGAGGAUCUGGACCUGGACAGGAGUUCUCUUCCUCGUCCAUUGAGCAGUCGCAGCUUCCCUCGCAGUCUGGAUGACUCUGAAGAGGAUGAUGAUGAGGACAGUGGACACAGUUCCAGAAGAAGGGGUAGCAGCUCGAGUGGGGUUUCAUAUGAAGAAUUCCAAGUGCUGGUGAGACGAGUGGAUCGCAUGGAGCAUUCCAUAGGCAGUAUUGUUUCCAAGAUUGAUGCAGUUAUUGUAAAGCUUGAAGCAAUGGAGAGGUCCAAACUGAAAAGGAGAGAUGUUCUGGGGAGGCUUCUGGAUGGAGUUAUAGAGGAUGAAAGAUUAGGACGCGACAAUGAAAUCCACAGGGAACAGAUGGAGCGGCUAGUGCGAGAGGAACUGGAGCGUUGGGAGUCAGAUGACACAGCAUCCCAGAUGAGCCACCAUUUGGGAACACCACUUGGACUGACCAGCCAGCCUCGCUCAAGGAAUUCCCGUCCAUCUUCCUCACAGUCAGAUGGUGUUGAUGGGGGAGGGGGAGGAGGAAAUGGUGGAGGUAACAUCCAUGUGUAGUAUUUCUUGUCUGUAGAUUCUUAACAUUUCAGUCUGGUAUUACAACAGCAAAUAUGCUGUUGGCAUGUGUUUCUCCAAAACAGUGAUAAUCACCGUGAACAAACAUUAAAGGAAAGCUCCAGUGA